AUGAACGAGCAAGUGUUCAACGUAAAGUUUGUCGGCGAAGUGGAGAAGUUUCCUGUGCUUUAUAAUUAUAGACCGAAAGAAUAUUCCAGAAAAGAUGUUACGGAAAAGGCGUGGAAUGAAGUAGCCAAGAAUGUUAAUCUAUCAAUUGUAGAGUGCAAGGAGAAGUGGAAAAACUUGCGAUCAGUUUUUGUACGCCGCUUGAAGCCACCACCGUCAGGUUCAGGAAACACGACAAAACCGUACUAUUUGUCAGAAGCGAUGCAGUUUACACUUCCCUAUAUACCAACAGUGGGGAAGCCUGAUGGAAAUUUGCCUGAAGUACCCACUGUACCACCAUCUAGAUCUGACGUGUCUCAACAGUUGUCUGAACACCCAUCUCAGCAACACCAUUUGCCUGAAGAGGAAGAAGAUUCACACUCACCACCUCCACCCCCACCCCCUCUUUCCUACAGUCGGUGUGCUUCUCCUCCAGUAAUUAAACCUCAUUGUACACCUUCAACGACUGACUCUGUGAGCACUCCGGCGUUUAAAAAUAAACGUAAACAACAGACGCUCACAGAUGUUGACAAGUCAUUCAAAGAUUAUAUGGACGCCUAAAGGCGAAAACUUGACAAUCACGCAAGACAUUCUGAUGCAAAAAAACUA